AGGUUAAAUAACUAACGUGGAUUUUAUUUAAAUCUGUGGCUCAUUAAAUACACAGCUUAAUUGAACUGCAAUCAUUAGAAGAGUCUCAUGACUUCAAAUUAUAGUAAAAGGUUUAAAGGUUGUUGAUAAGGAAUUUUUAUAACUGUAUAUAAAGAUAGGUUUGUGAAACACACAUCACAACUCGCAAGUCUUCCACAAUGGAUUUAUUCAGAAAGGUUACUUCAAUUGUGCUAACUCCGGAAUGUUACGAUGAGUACUUUGUGGAAUUUAAUUUCUUCAGUGCACCCUGCUUUAAAACGACGCUAAGUAAAUGUCUGGGUGUUUUGCUAAUAUUAGGUGCAGUCUUAGUAAAAGUUCCACAAAUAAUCAAAAUCUUCAAAAGUAAGAGUGCCGUUGGAAUCAGCAUCUCCAGUGUAACACUUGAUCUAGUUGCAAUCACCAUAUUUCUAUCAUACAGUUUCGUAAAAGGAUUCCCGUUCACUUCGUACGGAGAUGCCUUAUUUCUAGCGAUACAGACAUUAAUCGUCGGAGUGUUGGUGUUAUACUACAGCGGCAGCCCAUCUAACGCGACCAUAUACACUAUAGGCUAUCUAAUUACAUGUUUCAUAAUGAUGAGCGGCAUUACGCCCAUUGGAAUUUUGUGGACAUUACAAGGGUUCAACAUUCCAAUUUUGUUAACUGGGAAAUUAACGCAAGCGUACACCAAUUACAAGAAUGGGACAACCGGACAGUUGUCUGCUGUUACAUUAAUUAUGUUAUUCGGUGGUUCGUUAGCUAGGAUUUUCACAUCAAUUCAAGAGACUGGUGACUUUAUGAUAAUUCUCACAUAUUUAGUGUCAUCUAGUGCUAACUUUGUUCUCGUGUUCCAGUUAUGGUAUUAUUGGGACGUUGAAUUGUCCAAGAAAAAGGAGAAAUAAAUGUUUUUAAUGUUAACAUUUAUAACAAAUUCUAAUAUAUGGUUUUGCAUAUAUUUUAAAUUUUUUAUGAGCAGAGAUCAUAAAUUGUAAUAGGUAGUCACCUUUAGCACUGUAUUUUAUUUUUAUGAUACUAAGUACAUUCCUAGUUGAAUUUAUGACUCCUUCAAGUACCUUAUAUAAAUUUUAUUGCUGUGUAACUACAAGCAUCCCAUGAAAACGUUAUGGUAACACCUAGCAUAUUGUGAUUUAAAAGAAUGUUUUAAAUUUGUUCCACAAA